CUUUGACUUCAAUCAAUUAAUGAACUCCCUCUCUCCUCACAUUCUUGUUCUAUGUAUAUAUAUAUACUAGAUUAUGCUGUUAUGCUAGAUCUUUCUUCUUAAUCCCUCUAAACCCGGAAUCUCUUACCCAAUGGAAUCGUCCAGCUCCCCGUCGUCACUGGACUCCGAACCCUUGACUCAACCGCUGCAUGACGUGUUAUCCAACCUCCAUCAACGCCCAUAUCCUCACGUCCCGAACCCUCCAAACUGCAAGAAACGUGCCUCGGUUGCUCUUAUCCUGCGAGUUCGACCUACAUACGAACACUGGCCGGAGUCCUCGUCGCAAGUGCCAGACAGUUCAGCCACGGUCCAGCAACGCCUCGACACAUUCUUCGCCCAAUCGUGGGUUCACAAUGGCCAAGCAGAAGCGCUCUUUAUCAAAAGAGCGUCGCGCGUGGGAGACAGAUGGACAGGUCAUGUUGCUCUUCCCGGAGGCAAGCGAGACCCAGAAGAUUCGGAUGAUCGAGCGGCGGCAAUCCGGGAAGCCUCGGAAGAGAUUGGACUGGAUUUAACAACGGAGGAUUGUGUUUACGUCGGCAACCUGCCCGAAAGAGUUGUAACCACAAGCCUGGGUACAAUACCGCUGAUGGUCCUGUGCCCUUACGUCUUCCUGCUAACAUGCAGUGACUCGCCAACGCUCAAGUUACAACCAACCGAAGUGGCCUCCACCCACUGGGUGCCGCUUAAGGCGCUCUUGUCGUCUUCCCUGCGGACUGUAGAACAUGUGGACAUGACUCAGCGCCUCGCAAACAUGGGAGGCCUCAUGGCUCGCAUUGCGUCUCGUUCUCUGAUGGGCUAUAUGCAGUUUCCCGCCAUUCGCCUAGCCCCCACGGAAAGCCUACAAAGCAAUACAACCCCAGGGCUCACUCCCAGGGAUGUACAAAAUCAAUCGUUGUUUCAGCGAUUGAUGUCAUGGGGUAGAAGUAACCCUGCGGACCAGGACAUUGGGACCAGUCGCCCACUACUCCUCUGGGGAUUGACGCUGGGUAUCAUGGCAGACUUCUUGGAUCUGCUCCCCCCACAUACAGCUGUCAAGCUCUGGCAUUAUCCCAAUUUCACGGCACCUGAUCUGCGGCUAUUGAUCAACAUUCUCACGUAUCGCCUGCGGAAGCGCAAUAGACGCUUGGUUGAGAGUGGGAUCCGAGCGAAUAAUACUGCGGCGGACGGUCAAACAGAGGCAGCACCAGUAACAGAGACCCCUAAUGAUAGGGGCGGCAGUGAAAAUAAUAUCGGAAUUGAAGGACUCGGUGUUGGCCAGUAUUAUGGACCUUCUGAUAAGGGUCUCAACGGGAGCACAUAUGCCUUGGAAAUCAUGCUCCGAGGGUACUACGAUCGGCUGCGGGUCGCACUUUACAUCUUCGCAGCGUGGAGAAUUGCCCUGGGCUCCACGGCAGCGUUUUACGCAUGGAAGUUUCUUCGUCGAGUUCGAUGAGGACCCUGCCAUGUUUCAUCAGGUUUCUGUGUAUACCUAUCACUUCCUGACUGAGUUGUAAAUACCAUAGUAUAGAUAGCUCUCUCACUCUAUCAAAUCAUG